UCUUGCAUUUCCUUUCUUCGAUUGAGCUACAGUUUAGCAUUGGAACUGUUUAAUAUUCCGCAGAUUUCACUGGCCAAAUUUCCAAGAAAAUUCCCGUAGAAGCAGACAACAGAAUGGAACAAGACGAUGGACAUCAGGUGAUGUCUAUGACCUUUAUUCUUCCCCUUUGACCUCAAUAGAAGGAGGAAAUCCCUUAAAGGGAAAAAACUAUAGAACCACCGUUACAGGCAACCUAUCCUUGAACAAUACCCCGAGUUGCUGGAGGCCAUUGUUAAGGUAGCAACAGCUGUGGAGUGCGUAUCUCUCUCAUUUCAGUCUUGGCUUCAGUCCCAUGGACGUCAGUUUUCUGGUGGGGGUGCGUUCACGGUAACUUGUCGACCUUUACAAGAUGAAAAACGGUUGGUUUUCAUCGAAUUCCAGUGACAAGUGGCGAGUUUUUUACGGCAUUGUUCCUCUUAUUCUCCUCUGCGUGGGUAUCCCGUCAUUGAAUCAUGUGGCGAAUGAGUGGAGCAGCCUUGGAUUACGGAUGCAAUCUCGUUGGGAGAGAAUACUCGACUUGAUCGGAGACGACAGUUUCUAUCUCUACGUUUACGGAAUGAACGCGUGGAAUAUCAUUUUGUAUUGGUCUGUCGGGCUGACCUAUUUAAUGGUCGAGACUUGUACUUGGCCAAAGUGGCUCCAACUUUGCAAAAUUCAACCUACGGCCGUCAUCGAUAAGAAACGUCUUUACUCGUUGAUUACGGCCAAUCUGUUCAAUCAGUUUUUCGUUGCCGUUCCGUUCUCAAUCUUAGGCUACUACGUACUGAAGUUUCAAGGAACUUCACCAUCAAUUCGAGAAUUGCCAACAUUUCUACGAUUGAUCACUACAUUUGCCAUUCUCAUUCCCAUUCAAGAAGUUCUAGCUUAUUACACCCAUCGGAUGUUCCAUCACCGACUGCUUUACAAAUGGACCCAUAAAUUGCAUCACGAAUGGACGGCUCCCAUAGCCUUGUCUUCCUAUUACAAUCAUCCACUAGAUCACCUGAUUGGCAACAUAUUGCCAUCCACUUUAGGCUUAUCGCUGACGAACGCCCAUUUUUUCACGUCUUGGCUAUGGUUGACGUGGGCGACUCUUCGCACUCUGUCGGAUCACAGCGGCUAUCACGUGCUGCCCUUUCCGUCGCCGAGACGUCACGAUUUCCAUCAUCUUAAAUUUACAGAAUGUUUCGGUGUUUGGGGACCCCUGGAUUACCUGCACGGCACGGAGACCCUCUUUCGCGCUAGCCUAUUGGCUUCAACCGAAACAACUAAGAAAAACCACUGACAAUAAGAUGGUUAUUUGUAUUAUAUUUAGAUAUGUGAUAGUCCAACAGCACUUACGGAAGGAUAUAUUGCGUUUGGGAAUCCAAGUAAAUUACACAAUUUUUGUGGGUUCUUAAUCCAUAAGGCUCGUUGGGUUUGUUCCGGUGUCUUCACAUGCGCAUUGUAUAGGGAUAGAAGAAGAAUUAAAAGGGGUGAAUUUGUUCCAAAAAAGGGACAUUACGGAAAUGGAACACGAAAGCGGUUUGACUGUUGGAAGAUCCCCAACGUGAAAGCAAAGAUAAUGUGCAAACACGAGCGACAAAUGAUUUUCUAAGGGACAUCGUAAUAACAGGAAUUAUUUUCCCACAUUACAUCGAGAUCUAAAUGUUUAAAAAUUGUGAAUUGUAUGUCAACCCUUGAAAGUCGGAUCGAACUAGAAAUUAUGCGGUUAAUCGUGCUGCAGUAAAAUGCGAUCAAAUAAAUGCCAGUUAAGUAUCUUA